AUGGCAUCAGGCGAGGAUGCUCUUCGAGGACAAAUUACGGAGUUGAAAGAGAAAAUUGCAGCCGUAAAGAAAGAAAUGGCUCAAUUGCAAAAACGCCGAAAAGCAUAUAUAGCAAAACUGAAGCUUAUGGAAAACCAUCUGGAUGGAUAUCAUUCAAAGGAAAGCAUAAAGGGAAGCACUGAACACACAGAUAGCAGCGAUGAAUCGUUCAGUACCACUGAGUUGUUGGAACUCAGCUUGUCGUCAAUUAGUUCCUCGGUACUUGGCAGCAUCUCAUCGUAUUAUGAAAACGACAGUGAUAAAAAUGAUUCGGACUGCAAAGUAGAAGGUGGCAAAAAUGGCCGUUUCCGUUAUAAAAGAAAGCAAAAAAAUGACGAAAAAGUAGAAUAA